GCAAUCACCUAACGGGGAACCUUGUGAGGAUUAGGCUGAAGGAAGAGAAAACCUAGAGAGAGAGGAGGGAUGGGGGGAGGGGUAGAGAUGGGGGUUGGAAAGACAGGUACAGAAAGAUAAAGCGAAUGGGACUGGGAUUGUUGAGGUAGAUAAGUGGAGGAGACACAGAGGAGGAGGGAGAGAGAAGAAAGACAAGGAGGAAGGAAGAGUAGAGAAAACUAGACCCAGAGCCAGGGAAGGAGGAAGAAGAGACGGAGACAGACACAGCAGAGACUGGUACAGAGGGAGGGGAGAGCGGAGACAGAGACAAAGAGAGAGGAGAAAAGAGAGAAAGAAAGAGCAGGAAGAGAGAGAGAAGCUAGGGACUGAGGAAAGAGAGAGACCCCGCUGACGGGGUAACCUGGGCUCCAUCGCUACUCUGCCUCCGCUAUCCGCGCCGCGUACCCCACUCCACUCCCUCUCGGCUUCGCCGGGUUCCCAGCCCCUCCUCUUUGCCUCCUCCCUCGGUCCCUCCUCCGGCUGGUAAAGCCGAAGUUUCCUGGGCUGGGCUGGGCUGUGCGGCGCGGAGCAGAGCGGAGCGGAGUGGAGCGGAGCAGAGUAGGGAGGCUCCGGAGCUGACAACCGAAGCUCCACGGCAUCCUGGCCCCCCGCGCCUCAGCCUGACCACCCGGUCCGCGCCCCAGCUUGACUUCCCAGAGGCCAGACCACAGGUCCCGAGGCUGCGCGUCCGCCUGCCUCGGGAAUUGGGAGGCGGGGGGAGGGCGCAUCUCUCCGGGAGGCGGAGGAGGUGGGGGCAGGAUUGAGCCAGCUUGAGACAGAGACACAGAGACACAGAGAGACAGGGACCGCGAAGGAGCUAGCUAGCGAAGGAGACGCGAAGCGCGCGACACCGCGCGUUAGUCCGGGGCUCUCUCCUAGUGGUUGGUGGAUUUACAAAGCUGGAGUCCGGGCGGGCGCUGUCCUGGCUUCCCGGGAAGUGUCUCCGUGCCCUGGUGCGCGGUGAACUGGACGUCACGGCUAUGCUCGUGGGGAGCCAUCUGGUCGCCGGACCUAGGUGCCGCCCGCGAUCAUGACUGAUGGCGAGAGGAAACAGCCCUUGCAGCCGCUGGCUAGCGACGAGGUCCGGGUGCCCAUCGCGUCGGUCCAGGCUGCCCAGCCUGGGGAGGAGGAGGAGGAGGAUGCGGCCAGCGGCAGCAAGUCUCUCCAAGGCAGCGUGGCCUCGGGGGCGUCCUCUGCCCGGGAAAGGGAGCAGGAGCGUGAGUGCGCGCCGGAACCGGAGCCGGAGCCGGAGUCGAAGCCGGCGCCCGAGCCCGAACCCGAGCAAGAACCGGAGCCGGAGCUGGGCGCCGCGGAUGAGGAGCAAGUCCCCUACCCAGCUCUGGCCGCCACAGUCUUCUUCUGCCUCAAGCAGACUUCGCGGCCGCGGAGCUGGUGCCUCAGACUGGUCUGUAACCCAUAUCCUUCCCUUCUAGUCCAUAUGCCCCCUUGGGGCCGCUACUUCAUAAAGAGGGGCACACAAGUCUCAGGCUGCUAGGCGCGAAGUGUCCACGGCAUCGAAAAGGGAAAGGGGAAAGGUGGGCUGUUCUACCUUCCUUUGGGAAGUGCUGACCCUGUUGCCCUACUCUGCCCUACCCUGCCUUGCCUGGACACCAAGACUCCUUUUUCCUUCCAAGACUUUGCAUCCCGGGAGGGACUUACGGGCUUUGGGAGGUACUUGGGAAAGGGUGCAGUUGUGGCUUUUUACGUCUAAAUCAGGGAAGUUGGCCUGUGGUUUGGGCAACCCACCUGCCAAGGGAGCUUGGGAAAACUUGGUGUUUCUGAAUGACUGGGAUGGACUCGAAGCAGUUAGUUACACUUUGUUGUCUCCCAGCAUCCCGUUGCUCUGAGUUGUUGGAGACCUUGAUUCCCUGGAGCAAUAUUAGAGAAGCCUGGUCCCUUGAUGCCCCUCUCUAUUCAGAAGUGCUGUGUUUCGCCAGGGCAUUUAUA